AUGGCAUCUUCUUUGUUUAUAGACCUUGACGGUCAAGCUAUACCCGACAGCGAAAUUCUAGGAUAUGGAAGGUCAGGCGUUGUGAUGUUGCGUGAUGGGCUAGCAGUCAAGACGCCUUUAAGGCAUCCAUGGAGUUCCGAAGAUGAUGUUGAGGUGAAUGUUGAGGUCAUUCAGCGAGAGCAAGAAGUCUACCGUCGACUGAAUUCCACUUGGAUCGGAAAUGAUCAAAUUGAUGGUGUUGUGCCUUGUAUCGGCUUCUCCACGAAUGCUACUCAACUCGCCUACAUGGAAAACGGCGACCUUCGCGCCUACCUGGAAAGAAAUAAGCCUCCUCUGACACUCCAGAUGUCAUGGUUCCGUCAAAUGGCACGUACACUGGCGCAGAUCCAUGAUAAACGUGUGCUUGUGGCGGAUAUUGCUACUCGCAACUUCCUCCUUGAUUCUGAUCUCUCCGUCAAACUGUGCGACUUCACCGAAGCAUCUGUUCUACCGCUGGAUACAGUUAUGGAAGCAGCCGACGAUAACGGGUUCUCAAUACAGACAGAUAUCGGACAACUCGGAGCAGUAAUGUACGAAGUUGUAACAGGGUCUAAGUGUGAUUUUGAUCUCUUCAAAGAUAACGCCCCUGAUGAUGGCCGAGCCACUUGGCCCCGUCGAACAUCCCUUCCUAGCACAAACGGUCUGUGGAACAUCAAUUGCGAAGACCUGGUCUUUCCCAAAGUUCCUCCUUCAAAUGCAGUCGACCGCCUUGCUGCUGAAAUCUCACCUAUUACACUACCAAUCAACUUGAAACAGAAGAUGAAGAGCUGGAAACUUCCCGGGGAGUUCCUCAAACAAUGUACAGGGGCACCAAGCACAGUUUACCGAAGUUUACUCGCAAAGACUUGUUAUGUCCUUCGCACGUUUAACGAUUCACUGCCGCUGAGGGACCCCCGCCGUCGUGUUCUUCAUGUCGAAGACCGAAUUCAGUUCCGGAUAUGUGCUGUUCUGUGGUACAUUUUGUUCAAACAGUGUUGGCUGGGGCUCAAACGUGCAAGUAAUUCCGCGGAAUUGACUGUUCAUCAUACUUCCAUUGUACUUGAAAACAUUGUCAACCAUUCAGAAAUACUACCCUCCUGUGAACGUGUUUCUGCGAAGGAAAUACGUGAUUGGGUAAGGAAAGGAGAACGCUAUCAUCUACUAACACUCGACCUUGGUGGUGUGGGGAUUUUAUUUCUGCUUCCGGACAAAACCGAAUAUUUGUGCGUGAGCUUACGCGCUUCCUGA